CGCUCCAGUCGGGCUGUUGCCGUCCUCAAAGAGUCGCUGCGCAGCAGGCAGGCAGGCAGGCCGCCCGUCCGGGCAGCCGGCCCUGCCCCCUUAGCGUGCAGGGAAGGGAGCGCGGGGGCGGGCGCCGAGAGGAGGCUUCGCCGCAUCGGCCAGAGCGGAGAGGUGGCGGCUGCUGCUGCUGGCGGCCGCGGCGGCACUAGUAGUAGUAACAGCGGCAGCCACAGCAACGGCGCAGAUGGCUCCUGCGGGCGGCGGCGGCGGCGGCUCGACGGCGGGGAAGAUGGCGCCGUCGCACGUCCUCAAGUGCUGCCAGAAGGUGCUGGCGUGGGUGCCCGUGGCCUUCAUCGCGCUGGUCGUGGCCUGGUCCUAUUACGCCUACGUGGUGGAGCUCUGCGUGUUUACAAUUACCUCAACUGGAGAAAAAGUUGUCUACCUUGUGAUUUUUCAUCUGUCGUUUGUCAUGUUUGUGUGGUCCUAUUGGAAGACUAUUUUUACAUCUCCUGCCUCCCCUUCCAAUGAGUUCUGUUUGUCCAAAAGUGAUAAAGAGCAGUAUGAAAAAGAAGAGAGACCAGAAUCCCAACAGGAAAUACUGAGAAGAGCUGCCAAAGACCUGCCUGUGUAUACUACAACAACAUCAAGAGCCAUAAGAUACUGCGAUAGAUGCCAGUUAAUCAAGCCUGAUCGAUGUCAUCAUUGUUCUGCCUGUGACCUAUGUGUACUGAAAAUGGAUCAUCACUGUCCAUGGGUGAAUAACUGCGUGGGAUUUUCCAACUACAAGUUUUUCCUCCUGUUUUUAUUUUAUUCCCUCCUGUAUUGCCUAUUUGUUGCUUCUACAGUUCUGCAGUAUUUCAUAAAGUUUUGGACACUUUGCCGCAGGAAAUCUGCUGAGAAUUGUCCAAAGAAUGAACUGCUGGACACACGUGCAAAAUUCCAUGUUCUCUUCCUUUUCUUUGUGGCCGCCAUGUUCUUCAUCAGUAUACUGUCAUUGUUUAGCUACCAUUGCUGGCUAGUUGGCAAAAAUAGAUCAACUAUAGAAGCAUUCCGGGCACCUAUGUUUCGAAAUGGUCCUGACAAAAAUGGUUUCUCACUUGGAUGUAGCAAAAAUCUAAGAGAGGUUUUUGGAGAUGAAAAAAAAUACUGGUUACUACCCAUUUUUACCAGCUUAGGAGAUGGCUGCAAUUUUCCAACACGGCUGGUGAUCAUGGAUCCAGAACAACUUGCUGCUUCAAGCCCAAAUGAACUUGCUAAAAGCUCUAGCCCCAGUCAACCUUUUCCUAUUCGGCCACUCAGUGAAUCUCAAAAUCGACUGCUAGCCAAUGAAAACCAGUGGGUGGAAGCUGGUUCAGAAGAUGAAAAUAUUAAAUCAGGUGUAAAAAAGCAUAUUGUAGUUUCAUUGGAGAGCUGAUCUUGGUUUCAUUGUCCACUCCUGUCAUUAGGAGGGAAAUGGUUUCUACAGUAUGUUUGUGCUUGGAUAUUACUUAAUUUUGUAAGGAAGACACUGAUAUAUCAAUGGAACAGUGCCAGCAUGUUAACAGGAUACCAAAAAAGAAAAAAAAGAAAAAGAAAAAUGAAAUUCUUGAUGGUAUCCAGUGAAUGCUUAUAAGCACUUGCAGAGCGGGACGUUUGAUGCCUUAAGAUUUCUUGAUGUUUUUCCAACAUGGACUUAAGCUGCUACAUGGGCCAAAUCUUGAAAUGUCCUGCAGGGGUGCACAGAACUCUGAAAGUGCAGAAAACUAUGCAUUCCAACUGCACUGCGGUGAAGGGGGGUUGAUUCUGCAAAGUUCAUGUGAGAAACAGUGCCAUGCAAGUAUCAUGCGGGAACUACCUUCAUAGCAAGUCCUUGGGAAGGAGGUGGGCCAUGGGAGGGAUGAAAGUGUGCCACUGAAGCUUCACAGUUCAGUUAUGUGUGGCUCAAACACCAUCUGGUGGACCUACAGCAUGGUGCAUUUUUGCUUUCCCCAGUACUGUUAUCUGAUAACCAUUUGUUUUGAUACAGUUGCAAAGCAGCCAACUCAAGACCCCGGCUUUUCAGACCUGAUAUUGAAGUUCUCUUCCUUCUGUCUAGCUUAGCUGCAAUACAUUAUUGGACAAGCAAGGUUUUCUAUUUGCUUGUUUGCUUCAGAAUUAGGACUUACUAGGAACUUGUUGCUUUUGUCUGCACAGUUAUUUUUCUCAGCUUUUUUAAAGAGCACCAAUAUUUUAAUUUCUUGGAAAUGUGUUCAUAUAAGCCAUAUCAGGAAUAUUAUUCAGGAUUUCCUCCCAUUUCUACAGAUAUGUUUACUUAAAAAUAUAUGUACAUAUUUUUGAUGAGUAAUCCUACCAUGCCAUUGCCCCUUGAAACCAACUGAUAACUUGUGUUUUCUUUCAGACCAAGUACAGAUAGAAAUCAGGCACUUCAUUUUCUGUGGGAAAGAAAGCAGAUAUGUACAUUGUGCAAGGAUUUUUAGCAGCAGUAUUCUGUGUGUGAGAGAGAAACAACAUAAGGAUUUUUUAAUGCAUCUGUUUUAUCAUCCAAGAUCAAACUAUCUUUCCAACAGUCUCACUCAGUUUGAAUCCAAAUCCUAUCCUUUCCUCAUAAGUCUUUGCUGAAAAGAAUAGUAUCCAUAACACUAAUGUGUAAUCUAAUUUUUUUCGGUUUACUGCGGGUCGUAUAGUACUGUAUACAUAUGCUGACAAGAGCUAAGUGUAUGCAAGACUUCCUCUCUGCCUCCACAAUUGCACCCACUGCCCUUCCAAGCAGAGUUCUAGCAGGUCUACUCCAAGAAACAGGCCAAGAGUAGAUCAUCCAUCAUUUCUACAUUGUUGUGCCUAUUUUAAACCCUUGUAAUGGAUUGUGACUGAAUCACUUCAAGUCAGUUGAAGUGCCAUAAAAAUACUACAUAUUUUCUAAGGCUUUUCUGGUAUAAACCCUCUCCUGUGUCAUAUAUUUGAAAUAAGCAGGGCCCUUCUUGCAAACUUUAGGCAUCAUAGAACAUACACAAAAUAACAAAUUUUAGAAGAUUUUCAUAGGUUUGGCUGUCCUCGGCUGGUUUAUAAGCAGAGGGAAGAAAUAGAACAGUAUUUGCUUCCUUCAUAACUAGUUUAGACUCAGAGCUAUAUCCUGUACUCUCUCGUACAAAAGGUACGAUCAACAUGCUCAAGGUUCUCAGUGCUAAUACCAACCUUUACCCAGAUAAUGACAUUUAGCCCCAUUCGCGCACUGAAAUACCAGUCCCUGUGAGUGCUUCAAUUUGAGUUGAAAGGUGAGAAGAAAGCUAGUACACAGCACAAAAACAUCUUGCAGAUAGCUUUUCGAAGUUAAGUGAGGGUGGCAAGCCUAUGGAGUCAACCCUCCGCACCUUUUAUAGAAUAGAAACCUUAGAACGUAGACUUCUUGAUUAAAUCUCUGCUCUUCUAAUUUGAUCUUCAGCAGUUUCAAGAGGAAAUAUGUGAUUUAGUAAAGUUUGGGAGCCAAAUUAUAUACAUAUGAAGUGUGUUUUUCAGUAAGUCAACUACAACAAAUUUUGUCUUACAGCUUAUCAGUAAACAUGCAGACUCCAUAAAAUGAAUGGGUAACAGGGUUCUCUUUGUAAAGUGUACAUAGGAAUAAAGAUUCAUCUGCACUUAUAUGUUAGGGGUCCACAUAUUUCAGAUAGUGCAUUCCUUUGUUUGCUCUUACAGGGUGAUCUAGAACAAUAUUGUCAAUAUCUAAUAUUUAAAAUUAUUAUUCUGCAAUCCUUAAACCACUUUAGAAAUGUCUCAUUGGUGACUAGUGAAACUAUAUUUGAAAAGAACCCUUACUCACAGUAUCAAUUCAUGUAACAGUAUGGCAUCAUACCACAAAAUUAUACCAAAGAUUAUUGCGUGAAAAGUUCAUGUUACGAUUUAAAGAUGUGUUUAUAGGCUUUCUUUUCCCAUUAUCCUCUCAUCAAAGGAUUUUGCUGGAACUUGAGAAUUAGUCUAUUUAUAAGCAGCCUAUUAUAAGCACAUUUGUUAUUAAUAUUAUUAAAUACAGUUAGCAUUCUGCAGGCAUAGAUACAUGCCUGGUUGCCCCAAAUCACCUACCAAUUACUGCUGAUUCUAUCAGUGUACAAUUUGACUUGCUGGCUGCUAUUGCAAGUUAGGUCUUAUGCUUUAGUUUGGAAGAUAAUUGUGGGUUGUUUUUUGUUUUGUUUUGAAAAAGUAUUUUCUAGUUAUUAGUUUCUUACUCCAAGAUAUCAAGUUACUAGAAAUUCUGAAAACUGUAUUUGUUUCUAAGCAAUCAUCAGCUUUUUGUUAGCAAAAUAAUGUAAUUUCCUUUCUCCUGUGAGUAAGUCAGUCAAGGCAGGCCAGAUAUCUUUUUAAAGUCAGCAUUAAUAUACCAAGUGAAGUUAAAUCAUAGGUACUUGACAAGGAAUUAUUUGCAUCUAUGUUGUGAGAAUAUGUAUUUAGUUAAAUAUCUAGUAUGUGUGUUCCAAAUAUUACUUGAAUCCUGUAAAUAGUAGGAAGUCUGACUAUGUUUACAAAAUAAAUUACUGAAGAUGAGUUUCAGAAAAUGAUCUGGCAGUGAUAAAUAGCUCACAACUAAUGCAUAAUAAAGCAUAAGGCUCUUGGUACCAAAAUACUUAUAAACUAUGUCAAACAAGUUCUAGUAUGUUACAAGUCUGAGAACUGUGUCAGAAAUUUGAAAUUACAACUAGGAAAACUGCAUGUGGUUUAAAGAUUGCAGCCCUUUAUGUCAGACCUAAAGGCAUUUGCCUGAACAUUCUACUGAGUUCACUGCAGGUGAUUUUCAAAGACCUGGCUUAGGAUUGCAGGAUGUAGACAACAUCUCCAUUCCCCAACAGCCCCAGUAUUAUUGAUAUGGCCAUGAGAGGCAUCCUUAGCUUACAACUAAGGCUGCUGUUAUUUAUGCAUUUGCCAGUGGGUGUCAGGACACAUUGCACUGUAUUUAUCACAAAGUUUUAUGCAAGUAUUUUACUCGUAUCUCAAUUAUACUAAGUAAGCUUGCAAAUAUUCAAAUUUAAACUGGCAAGGGGUCAUUAGAGGAUACAUAAUGUGAAUAAUGCAUAUUUAUGUUGCAGAUAGGAAUAUUCCUAUGCACAAAAAACAUAUUGCCAUUAAUUGUUUAAUACUUCAAAGUGACUUUUAAAUGGGCUUUUAUAAAUAAAAUAUUAUAAUACAAAUCACUUUGCCUGAAUUUUCAUAUUUUUAACUGCACCUUGUAAUAUCUUCAUGUGUAUUUUACACCAAUGUAAUAAUUUUAGAUCAUGUUGAAUAUUUUAUAUAUCAAAGUGCAGACUUUCAUUUAUGUCUUAAUUACAACUCCUUUUCAAGGAAAAAUGCAUCAUUUAAACCCUUUGCCAAAGUGGUGACACAUAAAUGCAUUAUGUCACAAUGAAUGCAAAAGAAACUAAAUAAAUACUUUGAAAAUAA